AAGAAGAAAACUAGCACAAGUUUAUCAGUGCGACCUAGCGAGGACCAUCCAUCACGAGUUCCUUCCGUUCCAAAAAGGGCCCCAGCCCAGCGCCCCAGCCUGCCUCUGCGUCUCUACGCGCACAGCACAAGUUUCGUCGGUCCAGACCCCGGGGUGCCCGCGCGCCCUAGCUUGUGUUCUGAACCUCCUCACCUACCUCCCUCCCCUCCGCUCCGCCGGCUAUAUCCUCUUCUCGUCGGUAGCUGUGAAUUUCUUUCCGGAUACAGGUCCGGAACAAAGAAGAAUUGCCUCCUCCCCUCGCCGCUUUCUCUACUCCUGCUUUGCCCCUUUCCACCAGCACCACCGGCAGGGAUUCUAUAUAUAGCCUAGCUAGAUUUUUGCCUUGCAGGGCUGUGUGUUACUGUCGGAGUUGGGGCUGAGCCUUGGACUUGGAGAUGGCAAGCUUCAAUGAAGAGAAGAGAGCAGCUCCGCAGAGGGAGGAGGCACCUUCCCGGAGCAAGUACGGCGGCAUUUCGCCGAAGAAGCCCCUGAUCAGCAAGGACCACGAGCGCGCCUACUUCGACUCGGCAGAUUGGGUCCUCGGCAAGCAAGGCGCGACCAGCAGCAACGGCGCGACGGUCCCGGCCGCCGAGCCCCUCAAGCCCAAGCUGCAGCGGACGGCGUACCACCAGCUCCCCCCGCGAAGGCCGGCGUGCACGUCGGAGUAGCUGGCGCGGCUCCUGUCUCGUCCCGUCGGCGGCGUUGCAGCUAGCUCGUGAUGCCUCACAGAGUCGCACUAUAGGGAGCCAGGAUCCGUGGAGUUGGGGCGAAUUGGGUUGUAAAUACGGGGACGCAUGCUGUCACUGCUCAGCAGUGUGGAGCUAUCUGAAAUGAAGUGAUCGGUGCACUCGGCGUCUCGUCUUCAAUCUUCAGUCUUCGUUUUGGUUUCGGUUUC